ACUGCGGUCACACUGUUUCGUAAGCAACACAAUUUUCGUUUACGACUGAACUUCGUUUGCUUAAAGAUAUAAUUAAAUAGUGGAAAAAUAGUGUACAGUUUGCAAUCAUGUCUAUGUCCAAGACAACCAAUACGUACAAUCGUCAGAAUUGGGAGGAUGCGGAGUUCCCCAUUUUGUGCCAGACGUGCCUGGGCGACAAUCCCUAUGUGCGCAUGAUAAAAGAGCGUUUUGGCAAAGAAUGCAAAAUCUGCACGCGGCCCUUCACCAUAUUCCGUUGGUGUCCUGGUGCCCGAAUGCGUUUCAAAAAGACUGAGGUCUGCCAGACUUGUGCACGUCUCAAGAAUGUAUGCCAAACAUGCUUGCUGGAUCUGGAAUUCGGACUCCCGAUUCAAGUGCGUGAUGCAGCCUUGAAGGUGGCUGACAACAUGCCACAGAGUGAUGUGAACAAGGAGUACUACAUUCAGAACAUCGAUGCCCAGUUGCAGGAUGGCGAUGGCACAGAGGCCGCCGGUGCUGUUGGUCGCUCCCUGGCAGCCAAUGAAAUGCUGUCGAAAUUGGCACGUACUGCACCCUAUUAUAAGAGAAACAGACCGCAUAUCUGUUCAUUCUGGGUGAAGGGCGAGUGUAAGCGUGGCGAGGAGUGCCCCUACCGCCACGACAAGCCCAAUGAACCUGAUGAUCCGUUGUGCGAGCAGAACAUCAAAGAUCGCUACUAUGGGCGUAAUGAUCCUGUGGCUGAGAAAAUUAUGAAACGUGCUGCGUCGUUGCCGACGCUAGAACCACCUGAGGAUCGCAAUAUAACCACCUUGUAUGUGGGCAAUUUGCCUGAAGAGAUUACUGAGCCCGAAAUCCGCGAUCAAUUCUAUCAGUAUGGCGAAAUACGCUCCAUUGCGCUAGUGCCGCGCCAGCAAUGCUCCUUUGUGCAGUACACAAAACGCAGUGCCGCCGAAUUGGCUGCCGAACGCACCUUCAACAAACUGGUCAUUCAUGGUCGCAAAGUCAGCAUCAAGUGGGCCCAUUCCCAAGCCAAACAGGGCACAGCAGCCAAGACGGAUCGUCGCUUCGAUGUCGCCGGCAUUCCACCACCGAGUGCGAAGCCCAAUGAUUACUUCAAUCUGCGUCAGGAGCAAAUUAAUGUGAUGCCGGCGGGCAUGAAACUACAUCAGCUUCCCUCUAAUCUGGUACCUGCCUCUGCUUAUCAGAUGUACGCCCAACCCAGCUACGCAGCGCCCUACAGUGGGCUCGGUGUGGCAAGCACGAGCGGAGCAGCAGCCGCAUCUGGAUCUGGAGCGGCGGCAUCAAAUGUGAAUCUCGAUUCCAUUCCACCGCCGCCAGGGCAGAUACCGUAUCCUAGUCAGGAUGCUAGUCGCAUGGGCGCUCUAAAGAAAUAAUAUUUGAUGCAUCGACAAGCGGGAAUUUCGUUUUUAUUUUUGUAUAUGAAAGACAAGACCGUAAUAAAAAAAAAAACAAGGAAAACCUAUACAAAUGGUAAUUUCAAUUAAAUUUCAAAAGGCGACACAUACACAAUUAUAUAUUUGAAUUAAUAAUUACACUUUCAUAUAUGCCUAAUAAGCAGCUUAAUCACAGAUAUAACAUACAUAUGUGCUAAAAUAUAUUUUGUUUUUUAAUAAUAAUUAAUUACUUUCUGGCAUAGAAACGUUGCGCUUUCGCAGAGUUAUUCGCUGAUCCCGAUAUGCCUUUUGUCGCUUGAUGAAAUGCUCUCGAAGUGCUGCGAAAUCAAUGCCGCUCUUAUACUCCAGCGAAUUGCGUUCAUCACUGUAAAAUAUAAACAAUUAAUCUAUAUAAAAUUCUUAGAUUUAAAAUGCACUCACACAGGCUGUUGGCCCCAAUAGUUGGGCACGCAUUGCAGGCGAUUACGCAGCGUAUCGAAGGCAGUUGUUUGUGGCAGCAACAUGAGAAUUCCAAAAAGUGCGUGUGCCAAAUACUGGGCAUCAGCACAUUUAUUUGAUUUAGACACUAGCGUUAGACG